AUUUCCAUUCCCAUUUUCAACUCACUCUCUCUUAAUCUCUCUCUAUCUCCACUUAAAAAGUCCACUAUUUUGUCCACAAUUCUCUCAUUGUCUGCUCUGCAAAUUGCAAUCUGCUCAUUUGUUAGGUGGGGGCUGCUCACCUUCCUUAGCUUUCUCACCCCUUACAUACAUUUAUUUAACAUCUUUAAUUCAUUUCAUUUGUGUUUCAUAAACAACACCCACAAAAUCUCCAAAUUCAUCCUUUUUUUCCUCCAAAGUUUAAUAUACUUUCCUCUUUUAGAGAGAAAGAGAUAGGAUCAUGAAGACAAUAAUGGCAAAAAAUCCUCUGGAAACAUCCUUCUCUUUCUCAAGAAGAUACUUCAACUGGAAAAAAAAACCAGAAGAUGUUGAUGAUGAUAGUAUUAAUGAUGAAGAAGCUCUUACUUUUGAUUCUUCUUCUCACUCAUUUUCAAGCCUUCCAUCUCAAGAUCAAAUAAUAAGUGAUCAUACAUUAUUAGCAGAUGAUAUUGAGAUUAAUGCUAAGAUAAGUAGUCAUACUCAUAAGAAUAAGAAGAAGAAACUUUAUGUUACAAAGUUCACUUCUUUUUUUACUAAGAGCAGAUCAUCAGGAGAUGUAUAUUCUAGCCUUGGUUCAAAAGUUGUUGGUACACUUUUUGGUUAUAGGCGUGGUCAUGUUCAUAUUGCUUUCCAAGAGAAUCCCAAUUCUACCCCUGCUUUCCUCAUUGAGCUCUCUACUCAAACGAGUGUUCUUGUGAGAGAGAUGGCAUCAGGGUUGGUGAGGGUAGCAUUGGAAUGUGAUAAAAAGUGGGAUAAUAAUAAAAAAGAGUUUAUCAAAUUACUAGAAGAGCCACUUUGGAGAGCUUAUUGUAAUGGGAAGAAGUGUGGGUAUGCCAUGAGAAGGGACUGUGGGCCCCAUGAGUGGCAUGUGUUACGCUCUGUGGGACCCAUUACCAUGGGGGCUGGUGUUUUACCAGCCAUUGGUGGUGGUGGUAGUGGCGGCGAUGGCGAUAACGAUAACGAUAGCGAUAACCAUAAGGUGAAGGAGGAGGGGGAGCUUAUGUAUAUGAGAGCUAAGUUUGAGAGGAUAGUUGGGUCUAAGGAUUCUGAGGCAUUUUAUAUGAUGAACCCUGAUGGAAAUGGGGGUCCUGAGUUGAGUUUUUAUUUGCUAAGAGUAUGAGUUUCAAUUUUGCCAUGCAUAUUGAUAUUCAAUAUUGUACUAUUGUAGUGUGUUUGGUAUAAUGAAAACAUGAUAUUAGGAAUUAAUAAUAAUGUUUAGAUAAAUGAAAUGUUGUUAUUAUAUAUAUAUUAUUGUUCUAAGUUUUGGAAAUGA